GUUCUAGUAAAUACUGCUUGCUGCAUUUUGAUGUUGGUGGCUAAGCUAAUCCAGUGUAUCGUGUUUGGCCCACUUCGAGUGAGCGAAAGACAGCACCUCAAAGACAAGUUUUGGAAUUUUAUUUUCUACAAGUUCAUUUUCAUUUUCGGUGUGCUGAAUGUCCAGACGGUGGAAGAGGUGGUCAUGUGGUGCCUCUGGUUUGCUGGACUAGUGUUUCUGCACCUGAUGGUUCAGCUCUGCAAGGACCGGUUUGAAUACCUUUCUUUUUCUCCCACCACCCCCAUGAGUAGCCACGGCCGAGUUCUGUCCCUCCUGGUCGCCAUGCUGCUUUCCUGCUGUGGGCUGGCAGUUGUCUGUUGCGUCACAGGCUACACCCAUGGGAUGCACACGUUGGCUUUCAUGGCCGCAGAGUCUCUUCUUGUGACAGUGAGGACUGCUCAUGUGAUUUUACGAUAUGUAAUUCACCUCUGGGACCUCAACCAUGAAGGGACAUGGGAAGGAAAGGGGACAUACGUCUAUUACACAGAUUUUGUCAUGGAGCUCACUCUCUUGUCCUUGGACCUCAUGCACCAUAUUCACAUGUUGUUAUUUGGCAACAUCUGGUUGUCCAUGGCCAGCUUGGUCAUCUUCAUGCAGCUGCGUUACCUGUUUCAUGAAGUACAGCGUCGCAUCCGCCGGCACAAGAACUAUUUGCGAGUGGUCGGAAACAUGGAAGCCAGGUUUGCAGUGGCAACUCCAGAGGAGCUGGCUGUCAAUAAUGAUGACUGCGCCAUCUGCUGGGACUCCAUGCAGGCUGCGAGGAAACUGCCCUGUGGACAUCUUUUCCACAACUCCUGUCUUCGUUCCUGGCUAGAACAAGACACCUCCUGCCCCACAUGCAGGAUGUCUCUUAACAUUGCCGACAAUAAUCGUGUCCGGGAAGACCAUCCAGGAGAGAACCUGGAUGAGAAUUUGGUUCCUGUGGCGGCAGCCGAAGGCAGACCUCGCUUAAACCAACACAAUCACUUCUUCCACUUUGACGGGUCCCGGAUCGCGAGUUGGCUGCCGAGUUUCUCAGUCGAAGUGAUGCACACCACCAACAUUCUAGGCAUUACGCAGGCAAGCAACUCCCAGCUCAAUGCAAUGGCUCAUCAGAUUCAAGAGAUGUUUCCCCAGGUGCCAUACCACCUGGUACUACAAGACCUCCAGCUGACACGCUCGGUUGAAAUAACAACAGACAACAUUCUGGAAGGACGGAUUCAAGUACCUUUUCCCACACAGCGGUCAGAGAGCAUCAGGCCCGCAUUGAACAGCCCUGUGGAAAGGCCCAACGGCGAGCAGGAGGACGAAGAAGCUUCUGUUCAGACCGAGCGGGUGCCGCUGGACCUCAGUCCUCGGCUGGAGGAGGCGCUGGACUUCAGCGAGCUGGAGGUGGAGCCCAGUGAGGGGGAGGACUUCGAGGCCCGGGGCAGCCGCUUCUCCAAGUCUGCGGACGAGAGGCAGCGCAUGCUUGUGCAACGCAAGGAUGACCUCCUGCAGCAGGCGCGGAGGCGUUUCUUGAACAGAAGUUCUGAAGAUGACUCGGCCUCGGAGAGCUGCCUCCCCUCAGAAGGGACGACCUCUGACCCUGUGACCCUGCGUCGAAGGAUGCUGGCCGCUGCGGCCGAGCGGAGACUUCAGAAGCAGCAGACCUCCUAGCGCUUCCUUGCCUUCCUUGGCUGCCUCCGCCCGAGCCGCGUGCCCGGCCUGCUGAAGAGGCCUGUCCCCAGCUGUGCCCGCUGUGUGAAGAAGCGGGCUUGACUGCAUCGCCGCUGUAUAAAGCAUGUGGUCUUAAUAGUGUUUGGACAGCUGACAGAUUUAAUCCUUUUUUGUAAUACUUUCUAUGUGACAUUUCUCUUCCCUUUAGAAACACUGCACAUUUUAACUCUAGGCAUGAUCUCUUCUGCACUGACUGGACUUUGGAGGGGUGGGGAGGAUCAAGAGGAAGUGGGCAACCAAAGACCCUGAAGCAGGCAAUGUCCCUGACUGCCUUAUGCAGAAGUCAUAACAGAUGCUAGUGUCUUUAGCUCCAAAUGUGGCAGGAAGUGUGUGUGCAGCAGUUGGGGGUUGGAGGCAGGGGGAUCCAUACAAAGCAGCGUGGAGAUGGACAGCCAGAGCCUGACUCCACACCACUGGGUAAUUUCUGUUGUCCAGCUGCUGUUCUUAGUGAGGAGGCAUUCAAAAUGUUACAGAGUGAGGCCAGAGCUGCGGGCUUCUGGACCCCUGGGCUGGCUGGGCAUCAUGGAAAAACCGUGUUUGGUUCGAUACCUGGAGCAGAGCAGGGGAAAGCCCAGGGAUGUGGUGUGAGGAGCUGACAGUUGUGUCCCAGGACACCCAGGACUUUCCGAGCCCCCUGUCCAGAGCUGGCUUUACUUCCGUUAAUGCUGGUGCUCCUCCAUCUAUGAGUACACCCUGCGUGUCCAUCUUCUCCUCUGUAUUUCAUUGUCCCCUGCCCACCUGCCCCCAGACAUGGGAAAAGUCAGCACUGACAGGGUUAAGCAGCAAGCUUUGGUUUGUGGUUUUAAUUCGUUGGUAAAGUCAAUUAGGCAAUGCCAAAGGCUGUGGGUUUGGUCUUUGGGGGAUGGGAGAGUAUUUCUUGGAGGGCUUCAUUGAAGAAAUAAAUGAUACCUUUUGUAUCUUUCUUUCCUGGAACCCUUCAUUUUCAUAACUGUGUUGGUUAAAAGGUAAGGUGUUGUGUCCACCUGCCUUGGAGCAGACCCAGGUCUGAACUUUUUCAAAUCCUUGACAAAUUUCACUUGAAGGGUUUGAAACACGCAAUCAUAGCUUACGUAGUUCAGUUUUAUGUCCUACUGGAUUAAGGUUUUUUUUUUUAAUGUUUGAAAGCAUAGUUUUAUGGUAGUCCUUUUGGGAAGAAUCCAGUAUUACCUAAAAUUGGCAAAGUUAAAUGUAUUUUACAUAACGAAGUUUUUAGGAUAUUGAGAAGUAACUGAAAAUAGAGCGAUGAGUACGUGUUUAGGCUGAGAUAAUUUAUUUCAAUAAAUCUUUCAAAAGCCUUAUCUUGAAAUGCUGUUAGUAAAUUUCUGUGAUUUUUUUUUCUUUUUAAAUUUGUUUUGCUGAGAGCAUAGCUAUUUGUUUUUAUUGUAAAACAACAACAACAAUAAUAAAAAGCAAACUGUCUUAGUGUGUUGUGUGUGGCUUGGAGCUAAGACAGUUUUCUUCAGAAGUGCAGAAA